CCGCCGGCUCCUCAAACAGCCCCUCGCCAGUCCUCCAGCUUUCUAGCGAGAAGAAAGAAAGAGCGUCCCCGGAAGUCAGCGAAACUCUGGGGUAGAGUGGCACGCGUUUUUCACAUUCGUGUCCUGCUGGGUGGCCGUCCUCUUCCGAGAAAGAGCCGUGGGCUCCUCCCUCUGCUCCGGCGGCUAACGGGAGCCACGGAAAGGCGUCGUGGAGAGCUCGAGGGCGUUAGGCUGGGAGCCUCUGGAUUGUAUUGACCCUGAGCUCUGAGACUCCCAGUACAAUGACUCAAGCAGAAAUUAAGCUAUGUUCUUUGUUGCUACAAGAGCAUUUUGGAGAGAUUGUAGAAAAAAUUGGAGUCCACUUAAUCAGAACUGGCAGCCAGCCACUAAGAGUAAUUGCCCAUGACACAGGAACGUCGCUAGAUCAGGUGAAAAAAGCCCUUUGUGUCCUCAUCCAACAUAACCUGGUGAUUUAUCAAGUGCACAAACGUGGUGUGGUGGAGUAUGAAGCCCAGUGUAGCCAGGUGUUGCGGAUGCUUAGGUAUCCCCGAUAUAUCUAUACUACCAAAACGCUAUACAGUGACACUGGAGAGCUGAUUGUUGAGGAGCUGCUGUUGAAUGGCAAACUGACAAUGUCAGCUGUUGUUAAGAAGGUGGCAGACAGGCUCACAGAGACCAUGGAAGAUGGCAAGACCAUGGACUAUGCUGAGGUAUCAAACACAUUUGUGCGACUGGCAGACACACACUUUGUACAGCGCUGCCCCUUGGUAGCUACCACUGAGAGUUCAGACCCUGGGCUACCACCACCUGCCCCCACACUUGUCAUUAACGAAAAAGACAUGUUCCUGGUUCCUAAACUGAGCUUGAUAGGGAAAGGUAAAAGGAGGAGAUCAUCUGACGAAGAUGCUGCUGGGGAACCCAAGGCCAGAGACCAAAACAUACUGCAGAUGGCAAGGAGCCCAUUCCAGAUGAUGGGAUUUAUUGGCAGGCACCUUGACAGAUUCCACCAACACUUCCGUGACCAAGCCAUUGUGAGUGCCGUUGCCAACAGGAUGGACCAGACAAGCAGCGAGAUCGUGCGGACCAUGCUCCGGAUGAGUGAGGUCACCACCCCCUCUUGUGCCCCUUUCACCCAGCCACUGUCUUCCAGUGAGAUCUUCAGAUCUCUACCUGUUGGCUAUAACAUCUCUAAGCAAGUUCUGGAUCAGUAUCUCACUCUGCUGGCAGAUGAUCCAUUAGAGUUUGUUGGAAAGUCUGGCGACAGUGGUGGUGGAAUGUAUGUCAUCAGUAUCCUUACCAGUUAUUUCUUUACAAUGGAAUGGCUGUUUACUUUGCCAGAUCUGAAGAACAGUAUAAUUUCUCUUAUUUUUCUUUCUAUGGACAAAUAGGAAAUUCCCAAAACACCAGACCAUGCUCCAUCCAGGACUUUCUAUUUAUAUACUGUGAACAUCCUGUCAGCUGCCCGAAUGUUGUUGCACAGAUGCUACAAGAGCAUAACCAACUUGAUAGAAAGGAGGCAAUUUGAAACCAAAGAGAACAAGCGUCUACUAGAAAAGUCUCAGAGGGUAGAAGCCAUUAUUGCAUCUAUGCAGGCUACAGGGGCAGAGGAGGCACAGCUACAAGAAAUAGAGGAGAUGAUCACAGCCCCUGAACGUCAGCAGCUAGAGACCCUGAAACAUAACGUCAACAAGUUGGAUGCCAGUGAGAUCCAGGUGGAUGAAACCAUCUUCUUGCUGGAGUCAUACAUCGAGAGUACCAUGAAGAGACAAUGACCGAGAAGAAUCAUUUUCCUCAAAAGAUCUGGGGGGAUGAAACAAACAAUAAAGGAGGUGUCUGGAUGCAUUAUUUGCAAUGGGA